AUGGAAGAGCUUGUGGAUGCAGGGUUGGUAAAAGCCAUUGGAAUCUCCAAUUUCAACAGCCAUCGAACUGAAUCCAUUCUGAACACGCCAGGCCUCAAGAACAAACCUGCCAACAACCAGAUUGAGUGCCACCCAUAUCUGUCCCAGAAAAAGCUGAUCAACUAUUGUCACUCCCAAGGCAUCACUGUCAUAGCAUACAGCCCCCUGGGGUUACCUACCAGGCCAUGGGUCAAACCAGACAACCCCUGUUUAUUUCAAGACCCAAACAUCAAGGACAUAACUGAGAAGCACCAGAGGACUAUAUCUCAGGUGCUGCUUCGUUUUCUGGUCCAAAGGGAAGUGUGUGUAAUUCCAAAAUCCACCACGCCCCAACACAUAUGUUGGUUUUCAUUCCAGGUGUUUGACUUUGAACUGAGCAAAGAGGACAUAAGGACCCCAUGUUAUCACUGA